AUGUUGAUGACAUAUUACCAGGCAGACGAGAAUGAGAUUUCAAACCCAAUUCCAUUUCGUGUCAAUACACUGUUGCAACCAUUGAUCCAAAGAAAACCAGACAGCACACCCUACAUGUCGAUCUCACGGUAUCUGCUUCUCCAAUAUGUAAGGCAACUCAAUGUCCUCUGCCUUCAACACAUCGAUUAUAUCCCAAAAUCCUCCACCGGCCGAAGGUUCAGGAAACUCGCCACCGUCAAUGAACGACUAAUACAAGAUCCUCUAAUGCUGGAAGCGGACCAGCGAGACACACGUCGAGCUGCUGUUGGUCGCUCGCCAGGAAGCGGUACCACUCGUGGAGAUUACAUAGAAUUCGGAAUGAGCAAGCCAAGUGUGGGAACGCACUACGCAUUACCGUCUAAAGGAAGAGUGCCUGGGCGUGAUCCGUUCCUUAACGUGCCACCGGGGAGCGAGAAGAUGGAACGGGACGAUAUUCAUUUUGGGGCAAAGGGGGGUGGCAGGCCGGACCCGCGGGAGUUGAAACCUCCUGUCGCGAGAACGCAGUUGACCUCGCUGACUCUCUCGGCGGCCCUUCCACAUCGACGAACGUCAAUUCCGAACAAGCAUCGCUCGCAUGCGACACAUCCUCCCUCCCUCCACGGGUGGGUGUUCGAGAGUGUAAAGAGGCCAUGCGGCUGA